UCUCAAAUUUUUCACCAAGAACUCUUUGGAUCUCAAGUAGAUAAUAUUUUCGAGCAUCUGUUAUUUUCUCUUCUGGUUCAGAAUAAUUCUCAUCAUCGCCUUUCUUUUCAAAGUUUUGAUUUGUGCUGAAGAACUGUUCGCGUCCUGUGUAAUCUAAAGCGAGAAAGAUCGGAGGAGAAACCCUCGCGUACUCGCUAUGACUUCUUCCGGAAUCUCUCUCAAAAGCGCCGAAUUGUCAGAUGCCGUUCAAGACCUGAAAGUUUGCGACCAGGAGGAAAUGUGGAAGAAGUUAGAAAUGCAAAGAACAGGGCAUGGGAGUCAUGGCUCAUGUGCAAUUUGCUUAAAUAAAAUAUCUCUGCCAGAAACUGCUUUAGUUAGAGGUUGCGAACACGCCUAUUGUACGACUUGCAUCCUUCGAUGGGCCUCAUACACUCAAAAACCCACUUGUCCGCAAUGUAAACAUCCAUUCGAGUUCCUGAUUGUGCAUCGUUCUCUGGACGGGAGCAUCCAUGACUAUAUGUUUGAGGAGAGCGUAUGCCUACUUCUAAGAGCUUCGUGGUAUGAGCCACUGAUUGUUAAAGAUCGGGAGGAAACCUAUGAUGAUCCUGAGGAGUACUAUCCUUAUGAGGAUCAGGACGAAGAGCUUGAGGAAGCUUACCUGGGUGAUUCGCCAAGUCUCCGAAUCGGCAAUCGGAGGUGGGGAGACAAUGGUUACGUAAGGGCAGGUCGACAAGAAGCCCGACCAGUUUUAAGGCCAGAGUUUUCUGGAGCUAGCUCAUCACGGGAGCCUACGACAAAAGAUGCUUCCAAGGAUAAAACAGGUCGACGAGCUAAAAGGGCAUUGAAACGGGAAGCUGCUGAUAAAGCUGCAGCAGCUAAGCAUCAAGAACAUUUAGCUAGGUUUGGCCUGAAUUAACUUUAUGUCGUGCUCCUGUAUAGAAAUAAGCCUGCGCUUGACCUUGUGUACAGUUUCUAAGAUUCAUUUUAGUUUGCUGGGCGAUGUGCUUUACCAGAUGCUGGUAGCUCCAAAGAAAUCUAAGAUGGAGAUCAUAAAUACCUACGAGGUGUACCAUUGAAUUCUUUAUAUAAACAUUGGCUCUCAAAAGUAAUCAUAAAAGUAAUAAAACUUUACCAAUCUCUUA